UCCAACAACGGACCCGGUCGGACCACUGGGCUCUAAUAGUCAAUACGGUAUCUGUAGGUUUUCGAUUUCAGGACUCAUCACUUUAAUCCUCUCUCGUUCCUCUCUCUCUCUCUCUCUAACCACUUUGCAAGACUUUGUUCAGUGCGAUCUGUGCCUGUUUGAUUGAGCAAAGGAAGAUAUAGAAGGUGAUCAGAGCUUCGAAUUCACCAUGUCGAUGUCCGAUUCCGAUACGUCUUCGCAGGGAAGCGAGUACAAAAACUUCAGACAAAUUAGCCGCGAACGAUUAUUAUGCGAAAUGCUUCGAUCAGCCAAAACAGGAGACUCAAAAUCAAACUGGAAGGUACUCAUCAUGGACAAAGUUACUGUAAAGAUAAUGUCGUACUCAUGCAAGAUGGCUGAUAUCACUGAGGAAGGAGUUUCAUUGGUGGAAGACAUACACAGGCGAAGGCAGCCUUUGCCCACCAUGGAUGCUAUUUAUUUCAUCCAGCCUACCAAAGAAAAUGUUGUCUUGUUCUUGUCCGACAUGUCAGGAAAAACACCUUUGUACAAAAAGGCAUUUGUCUUCUUCAGUUCUCCUGUUCCACGAGAAUUGGUUAAUCACAUCAAGAGGGAUGCAAGUGUGUUAUCUCGCAUAGGUGCUUUGAGAGAGAUGAACUUGGAGUACUUUGCCAUAGAUAGCCAGGGUUUUAUAACGGACAAUGAGAGGGCUUUAGAAGAACUUUUUGGAGAUGAGGAGGACUUUCGGAAGGGUGAUGCAUGUUUAAAUGAGAUGGCAAACCGCAUUGCUACAGUUUUUGCUUCCUUGCGGGAGUUUCCUUUUGUACGCUACCGUGCUGCCAAAUCCCUUGAUCCCACCACAAUGACAACGUUUCGUGAUCUAAUUCCAACAAAGCUUGCUGCUGGUGUUUGGAAUUGCCUUAUGAAAUAUAAAACUCACCUCCCCAACUUCCCCCAGACAGAAACAUGCGAGUUGCUCAUCCUGGAUAGAUCAAUAGAUCAGAUUGCUCCAGUCAUACAUGAAUGGACAUAUGAUGCCAUGUGCCGUGAUUUACUAAAUAUGGAGGGAAAUAAGUAUGUGCAUGAGGUUCCAAGCAAAACAGGCAGUCUUCCUGAAAAGAAAGAGGUCCUAUUGGAGGAUCAUGAUCCUAUCUGGCUAGAACUUCGCCAUGCACAUAUAGCAGAUGCUAGUGAACGGUUGCAUGAGAAGAUGACAAGUUUUGUGUCCAAGAAUAAAGCUGCUCAAAUGCACCAUGGUUCAAGAGAUGGUGGUCAAUUAUCUACACGGGACUUGCAAAAGAUGGUUCAGGCUCUGCCACAAUACAGUGAACAAAUCGACAAACUUUCUCUUCAUGUGGAUAUUGCUGCAAAAAUUAACAAAAUCAUUAGGGAGUUGGGGCUGAAAGAACUUGGGCAACUAGAGCAGGACCUUGUCUUUGGAGAUGCAGGAACUAAGGAAGUUAUCAAUUUUUUGAGAAUGAAAGAGGAUGUAACAAAUGAAAACAAAUUGCGCUUAUUAAUGAUUUAUGCGGCAGUUUAUCCUGAGAAGUUUGAGGGUGACAAAGUUGCAAAAUUGAUGGAGCUAGCCAGACUACCACCUGAGGAUAAGAAUGCUGUUUAUAAUAUGAGACUGCUUGAGGGAUCGUCAGACACCAAAAAAAGCCCAACUCCCUUUUCUUUGAAAUUUGAUGUUCACAAGCGAAAGCAUAAUGCUAGAAAAGAUCGUACUGAUGAGGAAACAAAGUGGCAACUAUCACGCUUUUACCCAAUGAUUGAGGAGCUUAUUGAAAAACUUGGUAAAGGUGAACUACCAAAGAACGAGUACCCAUGCUUGAAUGACCCAAGUCCAACUUUCCAUGGGAGCUCCUUGGCUGGAUCAGUGCAGACAAGUCAAGCUCCAGCUGCUCAUUCAAUGAGAUCAAGACGGACUGCAACAUGGGCUCGCCCUCGAAACUCGGAUGAUGGGUAUUCAAGUGAUUCCAUUUUGAGGCAUGCAUCUAGUGAUUUCAAGAAAAUGGGACAACGUAUUUUUGUAUUUAUUGUUGGUGGAGCAACGCGAUCGGAGCUGCGGGUUUGUCACAAGUUAACAACAAAGCUGAAGCGAGAAAUUGUUCUAGGCUCAUCUAGUCUAGAUGAUCCUCCACAGUUUAUGACUAAGUUGAAGCUGCUGACUGCCAACGAACUGUCCUUGGAUGAUCUUCAGAUUUAAAAGCGGGAUGCUUUUGAAGCUGGAGAUGCAAUUUUUCGCGGGCCUGCAUCCAAUUUGUAUUAAUAGAUAUAUAGCAUCAUUGAUUCCAUUUUUUAGCAUUUAAUGUAAAAUGUCUACCAUGAUCUGGGUAAGCUGAAUGUAGGGUUGAAAGAAAUAUCAGGGUAGCUGGCAGUGUUGGGUCCUUAGUUCUGAUGUCAAUCAGGCUUAUUCUGGAAGAGCAUCCUUCCAUUCCCAGUCCAUAUUUGUGCUGUUUGGAUUUGUAUUGUAAUUGAUUUGUUGCGGGAAUUUAGUUAUUCUCAAUGUGUAUAAUUUCGUUUUGACCAAUACGAAGAACCUGUUGUAACAGUUCUGACCCAUGUUCAUUUAAUUUUGAGAAAACUAUGGAUAUAAUUCUCAUACUAUGAUCGUUGAAUACUUGAAUUUU